ACACAAAUCAAGGACUGGCUGUGUUCACAAAGGGAUAGCACGACAUUCAGUUGAAAAUCUGCACUGAAGCAAUGGUCUAGCUUGCUGGUGUUGCUCACACUAAAGCUUUGAUUUAAGAUGGCCCUGGUCUGUUUGUCGGACUUUGAGGCAUAUGCUAAGCAGCAUCUCCCCAAAGAUGCCUGGGAGUUUUUUGCCGCUGGCGCUGAUGAAUGUAGUACCCUGGAAGAAAACCUCAAGGCAUUCAAAAGGAUUUGCUUUCGCCCACGCGUUCUGCGCGACAUGUCUGCAAUGGAUACAAGGACCACCAUCCUUGGCACUGAAAUCAGCUUCCCUGUGGGAAUUGCUCCCACCGGCUUCCAUAGGUUGGCUUGGCCAGAUGGAGAGCUGAGCACAGCGAGAGCGGCAGAAGCAAUGAAUACAUGCUACAUUGCCAGCUCCUAUGCCUCUUGCUCCGUGGAUGAGAUUGCUGCUGCUGCGCCUGCUGCUCUCCGGUGGUUCCAGCUCUACAUCCACCGGGACAGAACCAUCUCGGAGCAACUGGUGCGGAGGGCAGAGGCAGCUGGUUUCCGGGCCCUGGUGCUCACAGCUGACGUGCCCUACACGGGGAAGAGGCGCGACGACAUCCGCAACGACUUCCGGUUCUUGUCUGCUGUCAAGCUGAAGAACUUUGAAGGCGCCUUCGAGAGUAAAGACUGUUCAGAAUAUGGGGUGCCUGCUGGCAGCAUCGACCCCUCUGUCACUUGGAAUGAUAUCUCCUGGCUACGGAGAGUGACACGCCUACCGCUCAUCAUCAAGGGAAUUCUGACAAAGGAAGAUGCAGAGCUGGCCAUGAGCCAUGGAGUCCAAGGGAUUAUUGUGUCCAACCACGGAGGAAGACAGCUGGAUGGGGCACCUGCAAGUAUUGAUGCUCUAGUUGAAAUUGUAGCCACAGUUGAAAACAAAAUUGACGUUUAUUUGGAUGGCGGGAUACGAACAGGAAGUGAUGUAUUGAAAGCGCUGGCGCUCGGAGCAAGAUGCGUCUUCAUCGGAAGGCCUGCUAUAUGGGGUCUGGCCUAUAAGGGCGAAGAAGGACUUCGGAAAGUUCUGGAGAUUUUGAAAGAGGAAUUUCGUUUGUCGAUGGCUCUUGCUGGCUGUAGAAAUGUCUCAGAAAUUGGCCGCCACGUUGUUCGAUAUUCCAAGUUGUGAAGAACCUUCCUGCCCUGUUCAUCAGUUCCAGGAAGUGACUGCAGCCCUGGACAAGCAGGCUCAGAGCAACUGGAAAGAACAAAUCA